AUGGAAUCUCAUCAAAUUGAUACGGUUGAUUCCAUUCGUCUAAAAAAUAAGAUGAAACGACCCUCACUUAUUACUAUAAUUGAUCCCGGUAUUGAAAAUAUUACAGCAGCUUUAAGCGAUUUGGACAUAAAUGCAUUAGAUGCUGAAUUAAAAAAUAUAACAAAUGAUAUUUCAAGCAAUUUAAAAGAAUAUCGAAGUAAUCCACAAAAUCUAGCACUUUGUCAAUUAAUUCAAAAGUCUAAAGCAAAAUUAGUUCAACUAAAAUCGUGGACAUCUCUAUUAAAUACUGAGGAUGGAAUGAAAUUAAUUCAACAACAAAUGAAAAAUGAAGAGGAGCAAGUUAAUAAACGAAAGUAUGAAAUAGAUGAAUUAUUAAAAAGUGUUAAAGCUCUGUCAUCGGUUGAUAUUUGUUUUCUUGUUGAUUGUACUGGUAGCAUGCAGGAUUAUAUCGAUGCAACAAGAGAUAACAUAAAAACAUUGACAAAUACCAUAUCAAAUCUAUUUCGUACAAAACCGCGUUUAGCGUUUAUCGGUUAUAGAGAUAUUUCUGAUAAUGAAAAUAAUUUAAUUAAAUUCGAAUUUACCGAUGAUAUUGAUGCAUUUAGCGACUUUCUCAGUCAUAUUGAAACUGUAGGAGGCGAUGAUAUCUGUGAAGAUGUGUUCGGUGGCUUACAAGCUGUGAAUGCUCUUUCAUGGUAUAAUCCAAAUCGGCUUUUAAUCCACAUAUGCGAUUCACCAUGUCAUGGACGGGAUUAUCAUGAUCAACAAUGGCUCGAUCAUCCAGAAUGGGACAAGCACCCAAAGGGAGAUCCUAAAAACAGAGAAUUGAGUAAAUUAUUGUUAGAUAUAAAACGACAUAAUGUUAAAUAUUUUUCCAUUCAACUGAACAACGAUCGCACUUGUAAAAUGUUUCAAGAAUUUAAAUUUAUCUAUGGUACGUUACCAGAAAUUGAUGUUAAAAAUGCAAAUGACAUAAUUCAAAGUAUUACAAAGACAACAACGAGUGUUAUUAUGAAUACAAUACAUGAUACUAUGUCAACGUUUCAAACAACUGCGAAGAAGAAAACGUACAAUCUUUUAGCAUCUGAACCAAAAUGGAACCUGAUACCUGCAAAUCCAGUUAAAAUAAUUGAAAUUAUUAUGCCACGAACAUUAGAUGAAAUAUUACAAGGAAUAUUGUAUGUUGGAGAAGGAAGUGGUACUAUGAAGAUUGCAUCUAAUCCAUUCGCUCAAGGCUCACUACGUUAUGCAUUCUACGGUCAAUUCGCAUCUGAUCAAGAAAACUUGAUCAGUGUUGUUUAUAAAGAAUUAAUUAAUGCUGAUCCUCACUACAAUACAUUGACCGUGUACAAACAACAUUUAGAAAUCCAUGUUAUUGCACAAUUUAUGGCUGAACGUUUUAACAUAGAACAAAGGUUAAGAUUUCGCAAUCCAGUUGAAAUUUUCUAUGCUGAUGCCGAUAUAGUACAGCAGAAGAAUGAUUUAACAAAAUUUUAUCAAGUUGAAGCACGUUUUAAUCAAUCCAUGCAGAAAUGGAACAAUAACAGCGGUGGUGUACAUAUGGUAGAUUAUUCAACAACGUUACAAGCAUUCUCACAUUGGACCUAUCACUUCACUGCUGGAAGAUUAAUGGUUGUAGAUUUACAAGGUGUUCGAUCGGAUAAUGUUUAUUUAUUGACGGAUCCAGCAAUACAUUUUGAUGAUUUAAAGCGUUAUAAAGAAGCGCGAACAAACUUAGGAGCGAAAGGUAUGCGAGAAUUCUUCCGUACCCAUGUCUGUUCAAAAGUGUGUACAGAACUUGGUUUACCAAAAAUAACAAACAAUAUUGACGAAAAUUUAUUUAAAGAUUAUUAUGUGUGUUCAGGAAAAUAUGAAAUGCAAACCAUUACGUCGGAAUCACAGGAUAAUGAUGAUAUUAUAAUCAUCUCGGAAGAAGACAGUUGA